AUGUGGCUCCUGGGAGGUGGUGGUGGUGAUUCUGCCUACAAAACAAACAUUGAGGAGGCCAACAAGCAUUUAGAUGCUCUGGCUAAAAGGAUAGAGGAGUUGGAGGCGGCAUUAGAGGAACAAAAGGCAGAAAUGGAACGAAGGGAUGAAGUUUAUACGCAAUCUGUCAAGGUGUGCUCUCGAAUAUUUGCUAAAAUGAUAGAGUUUUUAUGUCGAAUAUGAUCGUCUGGAGUGGUAUAAUUAGGACACAUUGCAGGUGUUAAGGUUUUCAAGCCUUGGCGUUGCUCAUUCCAUCUUAUCGGACUAGUUAUCGGGCAUAUGCUCCGCUUUAUUUAUGCAUGCAUUUUCCGUAAUCCUUAGUAGAUUAUCAUUAUGUUGGCAUUUUAUACCCGCCUUUUAACGUCUAAGUAGACCUCUGGACUGGACUAGUUUAGAAAGUACUUAUGGGGCAACUGUUAUCGCGUGUGAAAGUCGGAAACAAGGCUUUUGAACCGCGGAAUAGAACAAACACUCGGGACCUUAGGUCAGUCAGUCAGUGUAUUUGAGGGAAAUAGGCUUACGCCUUUGAACUCCCUAUUUAUACAUAAAAAAUCGAUAAACAUGCAAAAAUGUGAAGAAAUUACAGCAUUAAGUGAAUGCAUACAUUGAUUCACACAUGUCACUAGUCAUAUGGCUAAAAAGUCACAUUGUCCGCUUGUUGCUGCAGCAUAUAUCUGUCAAGGCGACAUUUAAAUGUCUCCACAGAUUGAGACAUAACAACCGUCUCGGGCAGGUUAUUCCACGGUUCCACGACACGGUUGGAGAAGAAAUAUUUUCUCACAUUCAGUCUACCCUGUGGCACACGUAGCUUGAAGGGAUGUCCCCGGAGGUGAGUUGUAGUGGCGAGUUGGAAAAAGUCAUCGCGCCGAAGGGCAAAAUCCAAGCCGCGCACUAUACGGAAAGUUUGUAUCAUGUCUCCGCGCAACUGCUUAUAACUCAGAGGAUAGAGAUUAAGGUUAGUUAAGCGGAUCUCGUAUGGCAGUGCACUUUGACCUCUUACUAAUUUUGUGGCUCGCCUCUGCACCCUUUCGAGCAAAUCGUAAUCCUGAUGCGUCCACGGUCUCCAGGCCUGAAUUGCAUAUUCGAGAUGGGGCCUUAUAAACGUGCCGAAGACUUUGGUGAAGCAGUCUUCAUCGAAAACUACGAAUGCCUGCUUGAUGGCAUAUAGCAUUGAGGUUGCGGCCUUGGCCGCCUUACGGCAUUGUGUAGAAGGCUUAAGGCUGUCUGCAACCCAAACUCCGAGAUCUUUCUGAGUUUCUGCUUCUCGGAGUGGCAUUCCGUUCAGAUGGUAUUGCCGCGUAAAUAGGUGAAAUUGUUGCUUGCUCUCACGUUGUGUCCUAAGACUUUUGUUGGAAUGGACUAACGGUGUAAGACUGGAGGCCGCUCUGAUACCGUAAUGAGACCUCGAGCAGCCACGAUAAUCGUUACUCUUUUCUCAGAAGGUAAGUGUUUAUUACAAACAUCAAUAACACUAGGGCUUCUGCCCUUAUGUAUUUGUGGUCUUAGGAAAUAAAAUGCUACCCUGUAUUAUAUUGUGGCAUUUGCAAAGCGUGAAUUUUCCGGCUUGUCCAGCACAUUUUUCAGUGCGUUCCUACAUCAUCCAUUAACUGAUGUCACUUGCACUUUCUGUUGUGCACGUUGUCGGCAGCAUUAUUAUUAUUAUCAUUAUUAUUAGGAACUGCAUCAGCUGCGGGAUCAAGAAACAGCCUCCCUCUCUGCGAAAGUUAAAGAAUAUGGAUCAACUAUCCGGUGCCUAGAAUCGGACAUUAAACGUCGUGAUGCUGAAUUAAACAUCCUUCGCCAGCGCUGUCGUAUGCUAGACGAAAUCAUGCGAUACAAAGCGAGCCUCGCCAAACUUACAAUUACUCUCGAACAAGCCGAACAAUACUCCAAGUCCGUGUACCGAACCACCCAAGAUCAGAGACUUGCGGGCGCCUCCGAAGUCAUGGUGCAUGUGGAUCCAACUCCCCGUCCUACCCAGUCAAUCGAGUAUCUUGUUGAUGAAGUGCCCGAUGACGAAAUAGUCGACCGAGUCGGUGAGGCGUACGUGAAUGGGGAGAAGGAAAGGCUAAAGAAACCUGUUCCAACAUUAGCCCAAAAAGCGGCGAAAACUGAAGUUAUGCCCUAA